UGGUCGUCAGCAUGAUGUACGCGCUGCUCACCCUUGCGCUCGGACUCGUAGUCGUAGCGCUAGCGAUGCGCUUCUUCUUGCUCUCCUGGUUCCCCUACUUGCACUACGACUUAAUAAACUUUUUGCGGAUUUUUCGCUUUCACUGGCUUUUCUCGGCGUACGCGAAAAAGAAGCCCUUCUAUACUAUUUUGGACCGCUUUCUGGAGCAGGUGCAGCGCUCUCCUGAGAAGCCCUUUGUGCUGUUCGAGGACGAGCGGCACACGUACGCGGACGCGGACAGGCUCAGCAACAGGGUCGCCUGGAGUCUGCUGCGGCACGUGGGUGUGCGGGCGGGCGACACGGUGGCCCUGCUGCUGACAAACGAGCCCUUCUACGUGUGGAUGUUUCUGGGACUGGCCAAAGUGGGCUGCGCCGCCGCACUGCUGAACUCGAACCUUCGCUCGCAGUCCCUGCUGCACUGCUUCUCGUGCUCUGGGGCGCGCGUGCUCGUAGCAUCGGCAGCCCUGAAGAAUGCCGUGCAAGAGGUUCUGCCCACGCUGCGAGAGAAAAACGUGAUCGUCUUCGUCCUCGCCGAGGAGUGUGACACGGAAGGCAUGGAGAGCCUUCUGGAUAAAGUGCACACCGCCUCGGAGGAGCCGGUCUCCACCUCUUACAGGUCCCACAUAACGAUUCAGAGCCCAGCAUUAUACAUUUAUACUUCUGGAACAACAGGUCUUCCCAAGGCUGCCUUGAUAAACCACAGCAAGAUCUGGAGGUACUCUGUUCUUCUGAGACUGGUUGGAGUGACCUCAGAUGACGUGAUCUACAUAUUUCUUCCUCUUUACCACGCUUCUGGGUUCUUCAUUGGACUAACUGGCAUUAUUGAAAGGGGUGGAACUUUACUUUUGAAGUCCAAAUUUUCAGCUUCUCAGUUUUGGGAUGAUUGCAGAAAAUAUAAUGUCACUGUGAUCCAAUAUAUUGGUGAAAUAAUACGUUAUCUUUGCAACCAACCAAAGAAACCUAAUGACAGAGACCACAAGGUUAGGUUUGCCAUUGGCAACGGUAUACGUGAAGAUACUUGGUCUGAGUUUCUGCAGAGGCAUGGUAACAUAUGGAUCACUGAAUGCUAUGGUGGUACUGAGAACAACGUUGGCUUCAUAAACUAUACUGGAAAAAUCGGUGCAUCUGGGCGGGUCUCCUUUAUUCAUAAGCUGUUUACUCUGCAUGCUGUAGUUAAGUAUGAUGCUGAAAAUUACGAACCACUGCGGGACUUCAGAGGAUUCUGUGUGAAAGUUCCAAGCGGAGAGACGGGGCUUUUAUUGUUAAGGAUAACAAAAGCAUUUUCAUUUGAGGGAUAUGCCGGAAACCUCCAGCAAACAGAGAAGAAGAAACUAAGGGAUGUUUUUAAAAAAGGUGACCUCUACUUCAACACUGGGGACCUUGUGAAGAUUGACAAGGAGGGAUUCAUCUAUUUUCAGGAUCGUAUUGGAGAUACUUUCAGAUGGAAGGGGGAGAAUGUGGCAACUACUGAAGUAACAGAUGUGAUGCUCAGGGUAAACUGCAUCAACGAGGCCAAUGUUUAUGGAGUCAAGGUGCCAGGGAAUGAUGGGAGAACAGGAAUGGCAGCCAUUGUCCUGAAGAAAGGUCAUGAAUUUGACAGUGUUGACACCUACAAGAUUGUAACAAGCUACCUCCCCAGCUACGCGAGACCUCGGUUUCUUAGAAUUCAGAACUCUUUUGCUGUUACUGAGACAUACAAACAGAUCAAGAUAAAAUUGGUAGAGGAAGGAUUUGACCCCAGUGUCAUCAGAGAUCUUUUGUACUUCCUGGAUAACAAUAAGAAGAACUACAGUCCACUGGGAGAAGAUAUUUACAAUUCCAUAAGGCAUGGCAUUAUCCGACUGUGAAGCAUACCUUU